GAUAUGAUCACAAUAUUUACACAUAUUCAUGGUACUUUCAUUGAAAUUGAAGUGUUCUUAUGAGGCUAAAUGAGACCAGAUAAAUUUAUUUAUCAAUGAUGAAAUAUGUUUUGCUUCAAUCAUGAUUAAUAGUUUGUAAGUGAAAGUAACAAAUAAGACUGUGUUCAAUAUGGAGGACGUAAACUUUGAAAUAUCAAAAUUUGCAUCUAUUUCUGGUUGUUUUGUCCUUGCAAUAGCCUAUGUGGGUAGUCUAUACAUAUGGAAAGAUACUCUAGGAAGGGAUCACUCAACUACAAUCAAGCACAGAUUCAUCAGUGUUGGCAUUGUAUGCUCAAUUGCUCCAAUAUUUCUGUGGUUGUGUUCUAGCCCUGCACACAGUGACACUGAUAAGGGUACAUCAUUGCCACAAUGGUUAGGGUUAAAGAUGGAAGGACUCAUACCUGCAAGCAUAAUUCCUCUAUUUUUGACAAUAAUACUCUUUCUUGGACCACUAGGCCUGCAUUACAUGGAUGGAAUGUUCCAUGUUUAUAAAGAUCUAGAAUACUGGAAACACAACUGGACAAGUUUGAUAUGGUUGCGGAACCAUGUCGUCGCUCCUCUGAGCGAAGAAUUUAUAUUCAGAGGCUGUAUGCUUCCAUUGCUGGUUCCUCACCUAGGUACAGGAAAGGCAGUCUUUGUUACUCCUCUUUUCUUUGGAGUUGCUCAUUUCCAUCACAUGAUGGGAAGUAUACAAGCAGGGGAAUCAGUCCAGAGAGCACUGCUCAAGUCAGCUUUCCAGUUCACCUAUACAACAAUAUUUGGAGCAUACUCCUGUUUUCUUUUCCUCAGGACAGGUCAUCUUGUAGCACCUACUAUAGCCCACUCAUUUUGUAACUACAUGGGAUUCCCUGCCUUUGAUGAAGUAUUACACAAAAGAAAUCCUGCCAAGCUCAUCCUUAUAGGACUUUUCAUCCUUGGACUAGGAUCAUGGACUUAUUGGUUAUAUCCUUUAACAGAUCCAAAUAUUUAUUCAAAUAGUUUAUAUGACCUUUGAUGAAAAGGAUAUUUUAGACAUGUUGAUUGUAUUGAUUAUUUAAUACAUGUGUGGCAAGGGCAAACAGUUGAACAUCAACCAGUUUGGUAACAUCUACCACUUUUGAUCAUUUCUGGUCGGUAUUUGAUACACUCUCAGAGUCAUCCAUCAGAUAUUAAUCACCGAAAGUGAAAGCCUGAAAUAAACAAAGAAAACUGAAAUAGAAAAUUGAAGGUUGGUUGAUAUUCCACUGACUCUUGGGGCCUUUGUGGCAGUUUUAAUUGUAAUUGAAUGGGGAAUCUCAAAUAGUCACUUGCCUUUAAUAAUGAUAACUCAGGUAAGGAAUAGCAUAAAAAUGCUGAUCUCCAAGUGCCUACCCUGAACCCCAUCAGCUAGUCACAUACCCUACUCUGAUGAUGAUAAAAUAUUAAUGAUCUCAGAUUUGGAAUUUGAUCGAGAAAUAAAUGUCAGGUACAGCUACUGAAAAUGGAGCAAUUUUCUGACUACAUUGGAAUACUUGGGUUGAAUACUUGUGUUGAAAUUAAAUAGUGAAGCCAAAGUCGAGGUCUUUUGAAGGGUAAGGACAUGGGCUUUCAACAGAGCCCAUGGGAAGGAGUACUAGGUAUAAAUCCAGGGUACAUAAAUGUGUAUUUUAGCUGGUUCAGAUACAGUAAUUUGAAAAGAAAACAAUAUUUUUAAUGUAUUUCUUGAGUUUGACUUUUCCAUGGGAAGUCAUAUCAGAAUAUAAUUGACAAUCCUGUGUCAGAUAUAUUCCUGAAUUGGAUUCUGUAUUGAAUCCCAGCUAUCAAAUGCAUGGGGACUAUCCAGGCCCUGCUGACAUUGCGAG